AUGGCUGCUCUCCCGUCCAUUGGCGCCAUGAUGGAUCGCGGGGGCGGCGGCAGUGAGGGGAGCAGUGUGGAGCCGAGUCGGAAGCGGCUGCGGGUGUCUCAUGCGUGCGAUGUAUGCAGAGCUCGCAAGAUCCGAUGCGACGGCAACACCCCCUGCGCGGCCUGCGCUGCGGCCGACUGCGACUGCACCUAUGGCUCUGAGGCCAACUCGAGGGGGAAGAGCGACCUCAUCUUGGAGGGUGUCCUCAGGCUUGAGCGGAUGUUGCAGGAGAUAAAUCUCGGAUUGUCGUCAUCCCCAAUCUCUCAGCACGCCACAGCCCAACAACUCCCUUUCUCCAGCCACCGCGCCGGCUCAAUAGGCGGCAGCAGCAGCUUCUCGGGAUCACCGCUCGCCGAGGUACACCUCAGCCCCUUUUCGCACCAUGCCGUUCCGCACUCCACCUCAUCGCAGCAUCACCAACCCCAGCAGCAGCAUCAGCCUCAGCACCAACAGCCAUAUCAAUCACCCCCACCACUUCAUCAGCGCCAGCCGCAGCAGCAGCAGCAGCAGCAACAACAACAACACCACCAACAGCUCACGCCGACCGGCAGCAGCAGCGCAGCCGCGGAGCCGCACGGGCUGGGAAACGCCGGCAACAGCAACAGCCUCGAGAACGCCGUGCUGGACUCGAUGCACACGUCGACGACCGAGAGCAUCCUGCAGUGGCCACACUUUGACGUCUUUCCGAGCCUGAGGCGCGACUACGUCUCCAUCUUCACCCUGGAGCGGAGGAGGAGGAGGAGACCGCCCGGCGACAGAGGAGGCGCUUCGUCGCCGCCGCCGCGCGUGACGCCCGAUGAAGUCAACCGCAUCCUCGACUCGUUCCAGGGCGCCGUCAACCUCUGGUAUCCGACCGCGUCGGUCGCGCAGCUGGAGCGGUGCAGGGCCAAUGUGGUCGCCGAGGGCGUCGGGGGCGCGCCGUCGGGCUUGGAGCAUGGAGAGAACGGGUACGAGGAGGGGGAGGAUGAUGAUGAUGAUGAUGAUGAUGAUGAUGAUGAUGAUGAUGGCCAUGGUGACCACGACCAAGACGACGACCAGCGCGCCGUCGACAGGUGUCUUGCGUCCCUUGUCAUGGCGCUCGGCUGCGCCAGCCAGGUUGUGGCGGGCCUAGUAGACGGACACGUCCUCUCGGACGACGAGGUACGCUUCCGACGGGCGCGGAGGAGGCUGGGUGACUUGUAUUUUGACCAGGUUCUGAGGAGCAUCCACGUGGUGCAUACGGCUGUCGGGUCUGCAGCGACGCAUUGCUUGUUUCUCGUUGGUCUGUACUUUGCCUUCUUGCGCAGGCCGCUGCAAGCCUGGGAGUACAUCAACGCGGCGUCGGCGCGCUGUCUCCUGCUGCUCUCUUACCAGGCAGAAAACGACGAGGACGACGAGGAUCAAGAGCGAAUACGCCGGAUAUUUUGGUCAUGUUAUAUUCUGGAGAGGCAAGUCUCCGACUAUCUAGCCGAGCUCUCAGGCCUCCCACAGUCCGGAAUCGCGCGUAUCGAGUCGUCCAUCCCGCUUCCCGGCAAGACCCCCUACAAAACCCAUCGUACGGCAAUCGCGGCGGAGCAGUCUUCGCUUUACUUCCUCGCCUGCAUUUCGAUGCGCCGGCUCCUCAACCGCGUGCACCAGCUCCUGUACGCCCGGGACACAGGGGCGUCCCUCGACACCAACCGUUUCCCCUACGUCGUGGCGGAACUGGACCACCAGCUCGAGGACUGGCGCGACGUGCUCCCGGCCGCCUUCGCCUUCACACUGGACGCGCGGCCCUGCAGCACCGAGCACGGCGGCUUCCUCCGCCAGCGCUACCUGACCUGCCGCAGCGUCAUCUACCGGCCCUACCUCAUGUGGAUGCUCAGCGGCGCGCACGCCGACGACCCGUCGCUGGACCCGGGCGCCACGGCCCGCUGCCUCGACGCUUGUCUCCUGCACAUGCUCAACCUGCGCGGGUUCGGCCACACGGUCCUCGUCGACACGUGGAUCUGCGCCCUGAGCAUGGCCGGCGCCAUGUGCCUGCUGCUAGCGGCGUGCCGCACCCCAGCCCUGCGCGACAUGCUGCCGGCCGGCGACGUCCUGGCGUGCGGCCGUCACCUGCGUCGGCUGUUUGAGUCCUGGACGGCGGCCACGGGCGGUCCGAGGAGUCCGAGCGUCGAGCAGAGCGUCAGGAUCAUCGCCGAGGCGGACCGUUUCAUAAGAGAGUUGUACGGUUCUGAUGCGAGGGGACCUGACGGUGGCUGGGAGCGGCGCUGA